GCGCACCGCCUGGAGCCCGCCUCCGUGAAAGACUGCCGGGCGCAUGCGGCCGGGCUGGUUCACUGGCGGCCCCGGGCUCAGCGCGCGCCUCGCUCCCCUAGAUCCUUGGCGGACGGCAGGCCUGGAAGCCGGCCUCAGGUAGGCUGACUCCAGGGAUCCCGGGGGAGCUGUUCUCCCGUGCAGGAAUCGGCAGCGCCAGCUGAGCCCGGCGCGGGACAGCCACACCGCCGGCUGACAGACAGCAUUCCCACCAAUCAGGGUCAAAAAGUAAAAUGAAGUACAUUCUAGUUACUGGUGGUGUUAUAUCAGGAAUCGGGAAAGGAAUCAUUGCUAGCAGCGUGGGCACAAUAUUGAAGUCAUGUGGUUUACACGUAACUUCAAUUAAGAUUGACCCAUACAUUAACAUUGAUGCAGGAACAUUCUCUCCGUAUGAACAUGGUGAGGUUUUUGUGCUGGAUGACGGUGGGGAAGUCGACCUUGACCUGGGGAACUACGAGCGCUUCCUUGACAUCCGCCUCACCAAGGAUAAUAAUCUGACCACAGGAAAGAUCUACCAGUACGUCAUUAACAAGGAACGCAAAGGCGAUUACUUGGGGAAAACCGUCCAAGUUGUCCCUCAUAUCACAGACGCAAUCCAGGAGUGGGUCAUGAGACAGGCGCUGAUACCUGUGGAUGAAGAUGGUCUGGAACCUCAAGUGUGUGUUAUUGAGCUCGGUGGAACAGUGGGAGAUAUAGAAAGCAUGCCCUUUAUUGAGGCCUUCCGUCAGUUCCAGUUCAAGGUCAAGAGAGAGAACUUUUGUAAUAUUCAUGUCAGUCUUGUUCCUCAGCCAAGUUCAACAGGGGAACAGAAGACUAAGCCCACCCAGAAUAGCGUUCGGGAGCUCAGAGGCCUCGGGCUUUCUCCAGAUCUGGUUGUGUGCAGGUGCUCAAAUCCUCUGGACACGUCAGUGAAAGAGAAAAUCUCAAUGUUCUGCCAUGUUGAACCUGAACAAGUGAUCUGCGUCCAUGAUGUCUCCUCCAUCUACCGAGUCCCCUUGUUGCUAGAGGAGCAGGGGGUCGUAGACUAUUUUCUCCGGAGACUUGACCUUCCGAUUGAGAGGCAGCCGCGAAAAAUGCUGAUGAAGUGGAAAGAGAUGGCAGACAGAUACGAUCGCUUGCUGGAGACCUGCUCUAUUGCCCUUGUGGGCAAAUACACCAAGUUCUCAGACUCGUACGCCUCCGUCAUUAAAGCCCUAGAGCAUUCUGCGCUGGCCAUCAACCACAAGUUAGAAAUCAAGUACAUAGAUUCCACGGACUUGGAGCCGAGCACGUUGCAGGAGGAGCCCGUGCGCUACCACGAAGCCUGGCAGAAGCUGUGUAGCGCUCACGGAGUGCUGGUUCCAGGGGGAUUUGGUGUUCGGGGGACAGAAGGAAAAAUCCAAGCCAUCGCCUGGGCUCGGAAACAGAAGAAGCCUUUUUUGGGUGUGUGCCUAGGAAUGCAGUUGGCAGUGGUUGAGUUUUCAAGAAAUGUGCUGGGCUGGCAAGAUGCCAAUUCUACAGAGUUUGACCCUAAGACCAACCAUCCUGUGGUCAUAGACAUGCCAGAACACAACCCUGGGCAGAUGGGCGGAACCAUGAGGCUGGGCAAGAGAAGAACCCUGUUCCAGACCAAGAACUCCGUCAUGAGGAAACUCUAUGGAGAUCCAGAUUACCUGGAAGAGAGACACCGCCACAGGUUUGAGGUGAAUCCAGUCCUAAAGAAGUGUUUGGAGGAGCAGGGCCUGAAGUUCGUUGGCCAGGACGUUGGGGGCGAGAGGAUGGAGAUCGUGGAGCUGGAGGACCAUCCCUUUUUUGUUGGGGUUCAGUACCACCCUGAGUUCCUGUCCAGGCCCAUCAAGCCUUCGCCUCCGUACUUUGGCCUCCUGCUGGCCUCCGUGGGGAGGCUCCCGCAUUACCUCCAAAAGGGCUGCAGGCUCUCACCCAGGGACACCUACAGUGACAGGAGUGGAAGCAGCUCCCCGGACUCUGAAAUCACCGAACUGAAGUUCCCAUCAAUAAAUCACGACUGAUGGGAAUGCACCUGUGACUCUUCAGGAGAGCCUUCGGACUUUGAGAGUUUACAGCUUUGAUUUUACACUCAGCUUUUGACACUUCCUUUAAAUUAUGUUUUUAUUAAGAUUAUUUUAUUAUGGGGGAAAGGUAUCUGGAAGACUUUGUGACUCACAUGUCCCAUCCCGUGUGCUGGCCCCUACCCGGUGCCGCCCUGUGUCGACACCCCACGUGGUCCCCGUGGCACCAUGCCAGGGAGGGGGGCCUGUGGGUGGGGGUGGGGGAUGCACAUGCCGGGGGAGCGCCUGUCGGGUCAUCUCCAACUACCUCCCGUCAUCGUGGAUUCAAGCGUGCAGCCCGUCGCUCCUCCUGGAGGACAUGUGCCCCAUGGACCACAUGCGAGGAGGGGUCGUGUUAGUGAGUGCCGGCGACGCUUGGUGCUGGGAACCCGAGGUGGCACUGCCUGCCACCAGGAGCGGUGAGACCAGAAGCAGCCUCGGCACGGGUCCACUCCCCAGGGCCUCUCGCUGCCCACAGGCGGUGGGGAUGUGGUGGCCAAAGGGAAUGGUUCUUUUGGUGUCCGUGAAUGGUGACUAGUCUGUCCCUUUGCGGUGUGGUUUCAGAAUGCCUGUCUUCAGCCACGCGUCCCUCCCCGGGCUGGGAAGUACUCCUUGUAUCAAGGGGUUGCUUUAAAAAAAAAAAGAACAAAGAAUCUUUUGGGGAAACUGCCUCUCGAAGCCUCUGCUAUACAGACCGCUUUGCUCGAGGCCAGUGUGUCCUUCCAGAAUGGUGUUACUGCAGUUGAAAUGCAAUCUGAAAAGCUAUUUUCUUACCAUGGUGUCACCGCAGGCACUGCCCUGGACCUGCUCUCCUCUGGCCGAGACUCCGUGUAUCCUCUAACUUAAGAAAUAAAUAACGCAGAACGAGA